AUGAGUUCUUCUGCAUUAUUUGUACGAGCAUUAUACGAUUUCAACUCGACAGAUUCAUCAAGUCUUUCUUUCAAAAAAAAUGAUAUUAUUCAAGUUUUGACUCAAUCAGAAACUGGUUGGUGGGAUGGUUUGUGUGGAGGUAAACGUGGUUGGUUUCCUAGCAACUAUGUUGCUUUGUCAGAUUGGAUUCUUCAACAUACACCAGAUGGUGAAUUAUUUUAUUAUAAUACAAAAACUGGUGAUUCAUCUUGGGACUUACCAAUAGAUGAUGGUUUCCUAAGCACUUCAUCUCCACAACAAUCAUUCCCUGAACAUGAUUCCCCUUUCUUAGUCAACAAUUCUGAUAACAAUUCGCGAAGAAAUUCGAAUGACAUUAAUGGUAAUAGUAAUAGUAAUAAUAAUAACGAUCUAAACAACAAAGACAACGAUGACGAUAAAGUAACAAGAGAAAUCAGGUGGACCCAUCCUGGUAGAGAUAGUAUUGCUACCUCCAUAAUUAAUAGAAUAAAUGGAAGAAGUAAUAUAGUAAUCGAUGAAGAAGAUGAAGAUACUGAAGAAGAUACUGAAGAAGAUACUGAUGACGAUACUACUGAUAAAAGUUUAAAUGUAAUAAAAGAAGAAAAUGACGAACGGUAUAUUAUUAAUAAUCACGUUGAAAAAACAGCAAAAAUGAAAGAAAAUAUUGAUGAUGGGGAGGAAUCUGCUGAUAAAGAAACUAUACAUAGUUUAAAUCUAGCCGUAAAGCAAAACGAAAAGCAUCUAUACAACUCAUCUACAGAAUCAAUAGUUGAAAAUGUUCGUAUAAUGUUGUACGCCUCGGGCACAAUUCAAAAAGAUUCAAGAAUAUUUAGAGAAAAUCUACCAUUAAAAACCUAUCAUAAUCAAUUAGUGACCGCAGUUAGUAGAUUGGUAAUCUCAACAAAAGCGGCUGUUAAUACUGCCCCCAAUACUUGGCAAUCGCCCGAGACUAUGUUAGAAAAAAUAAAUGAUGUAUAUCAUGCUAUACAACAAUAUAUUCAAGAAGCUGAAAAUACUGUCAAGAUUAAAAGGAUUAAUCCUAAAAUUUUGAAAAAUUCCAGAGUUGGCGGUGGCUGGCGUGGUAACAAUAUUUUAUCAUCAGCGUCUUCUUCACCACCUGCAUCUCCUAUAUCAACAUCAUCACUACCACAGCGUAGAAUUUCUCCCUCAUUAUCAUUGACUCUGGAUGUUCUUCUCUCACUAGACAAUGUUUCUCUUUCACAAAUUGGUCAAUUUCUUUAUUAUGUCGAGGAUCUUGAUUUACGCGAGUUAUCAGAAAAAAAUUAUCACGACUCCCUAAACGAUUUUAAAGUUUCAAAACAGACUUUGUAUAAUAGUAUAGCCAAUCUCGCUAUCUUUACUCAAUCUGCUGCCAAUCCAUUAUCCUUACCAUUAUUAAAUAAUCCAUUAAAACAAGUAUUGGAUUAUGCCAUUGUAGUUGAGAAAUCGGUAAAUAAUGUUAUUAUAUCAAUUAAGUUUUUGGUGGAAGAAAGUGAAAUUCAAAUUCAUCCUUCUUCACCAUCUUUCGUACUUCCACAACCACAAUCAUCAUACUCUCAACAAAUUCAUCCAUAUCAACCAAUUCAAUCUUAUCAACCUCUUCCAUUACAUUUUGCUCGUAGACGUAGUAGUGCACCAGAUGCCCCUCCUACUAAACGUCGAGUUCCUCACAAUUUUGUUCCAACAAUUAAUACAACGAUAAACAAUAACGUCAACAAUUACCAAAUUAAUGAAGAUCCUUCAUCUGCUUCUUCAUUAAUGAUGGAUGAUGAUAUUUCACGCGAAUCUGAUAGCCCGUCAUUUGCUUUAUCUACCACGUCCACAAUAAACUCAUCAUACUCAAUCCCAACAACUGCAAUUUCAUCAUCAACAACGACAAUACCAAAAUCUCCUGUUUCAGAAAAUCCUUCAAUAAUUACUACUACAUCACUUGGUUCUAGAACCUUUUCAAGUUUCACUAGUCGUCUUCGAUCAAAUAGUUCUGUCUCUACAUCAAAUACUGCUUAUGACAAUUCGUCGAAUAUAUCACUGCCAUCUUCUUCUACUUCGUCAUUACAAACACCAACGAUAAAAACACCUGCAAAUUCUAACGAACAAUCGCCACCAUUACCUGAUGAUCCAAAACCGCUACAUGAAAAUAAUCCCCCUGGCGAAGAAUUAUGGUUUUUAGAUUACGAUUAUCGUGAGAUAGACAUAAUUUUUAUUAAUGAAAGUAAAACGACGGUAAAAGGCGGAACACUUGAUGCAUUGAUAGAACGAUUAACAAUGCACGAUCUACUAGAUUCGAAUUUUAAUGCCACCUUCCUGCUAACAUAUCGAUCAUUUUGUGAUUCUGAUACAUUUCUCGAGAAAUUAAUAGAUAGAUUUAUUAUCAAACCGCCGGAAGGAAUGACACCAAGUGAGAAAGAGAUAUGGCAAGAGAAGAAACAGACACCGAUCAGGUUGAGAGUUCUUAGCAUAAUGAAAAGUUGGUUGGAGCAUUAUUAUAUGGAUGAUCAAGAUAGUCAUUGUUUGACUAGAAUGAAAGAGUUUGCUAGUACGGUGAUGAGUGAGCAUAUGUCGUUUGCGUCUGUGGGUCUUAUCAAGAUAAUUGAGAAACGACAAUUUCAGCCCGGUGCAAUAUUUCGUGAAUUGAUCAAUACGAGCCCUAUCCUACCACCACAACCUAUCUUGCCAAGAAAUUUAAGAAGAAUUAAAUUUUUGGAUUUGAAUCCUUUGGAAAUUGCAAGGCAGUUGACUAUUAUCGAAAGUAGGUUGUAUAAUAAAAUAAGACCUGUUGAGUGUUUAAAUAAGGCUUGGAGUAAAGAGGAAGGCGGUGAGAUUGCUGCAAAUAUUAAAGCUAUGAUUAUAACAGGAUGGGUAGCGGAAAUGAUACUGAAUAAUCCAGAUAUAAGAAGACGAUGUGCAUUAAUAAAACAUUUUGUGGCGGUGGCAGAUAAAUGCUUACUAUUGAAUAAUUUCAAUUCACUUACCGCAAUCAUAUCAGGAUUAAAUAGUGCUCCAAUUCAUCGAUUGAGAAGAACAUGGGAAACUGCUAGUCAGAAAACGAUCACGUUGUUAGAAGGUUUAAAUAGAGUCAUGAAUUCUACAAAAAACUUUUUUGCAUAUCGUGAAACUUUACAUAGUGUCAACCCGCCUUGUGUACCGUUUUUAGGUGUAUAUUUAACAGAUUUAACAUUUAUUGAAGACGGCAAUCCCAAUAUACUUAAAAAACAAACAAAUAUAAUCAAUUUUUCAAAAAGAAUGAAAACAGCAGAGGUUAUUAGAGAAAUUCAACAAUAUCAAUCAGUUCCUUAUAAUUUAACCUCUGUUCAAGAAAUACAAGUUUUCAUAGAGACUAACUUAAAAGAUAGUGAUGAUGUAGCUAAUUUAUAUGAUAAAAAAGAUGAAAAAAUUGCUAGAUUAUUACAAGAAUCUGGUUUCUUAUAA